UUUUAACAGAGAAUAAUAAUAAUAAAGUAUGAGAGUAGAGAAAGGAACUAAACAAUAUCUGAUCACUGAAUUAUGUUAUAAUAGUGACUAUUCUAAAAAUUUGUUCAAUUAUCAUCUAGUUACUUCAGCAAUUCGUAUUACAUACUAACUUAUUGAAAUGCCAUGUAUACGUGAUCCAUUUCCAUGGUGGUUGCCAUUAGCUUUAUCAUGUUCCAUUGUAUUGAUCACAAUAUUCAUAGGUAUAUUUCGUUGGCUAUACAAAAUUUAUUCACGACAUAAACGUCUUAAAAUUAGAUCAUCACGACAACUCAUACAAUAUAAACAAUUAUCACCAAUGUCCAUUGAUAAUCAACGUACUUUAAGUCUACAGAGUACAAACGAUGAUGUAACAGAUGAUUAUCCAAGUUUAUUUGCCGAUCAUAAAGAUGAUCAAGAAUUUGAUGAAUUUACUGAAUCUGAGGAAAAUAUUGAUUCAAUGCAUAAAAACUGUUCACCAAGUAGAUAUUUAAUAAAUCGUAAUAAGAAAUUACGUCGCAUUAAAACAAUGAGUAGUAAAAAACCUGAUAUAUCAACAUUACCAAUAAUUAAGAUUAAUCAUAUACAUCUGCCUCACCACCACCAACAACAAGAGCAACAACAAGAAGAACAACCACAUAAACCGUUAUUACACAAGAGUAAUAGUGUGAACUCAUCAAAAACACCUUUAUCUGAUUUACAAUCAUCUCCAUCCUGUUUGGAAACACAAAGUGAUACAACAUAUAUCAAUGAUUUUUUCACUGUAAAACCAACCAAUAAUGAUAUAUUACUGUCGGAAAACUCGACUCCAUCUUAUUGGGAAGAAUCAGUUCAAUGCAAUUGGUUUGUUAAUUGGUUUAAGUAUACUCGUUUAGGUAUGUCAGCUAGACAACAACUGAAUAUGAAAUUAUACUGUGAACGAUUUACUACAGUUUCAUAUCCAGCUGGUAAAAUAAUGUUAACUAUCUAUAUUGUUCUCAGUACGGUCUCCUGGCUAUUUUAUGUAGUUGAAAAUAGAAAUAAUCCUCCUGUGAGUAUACGUGGUAUAUGCCAUACAUUACGUUCGAAAAUCCUCAGUUGGAUCAAUUUUGGUAUCAAUUUGUUCUGCUUGGGUUAUUAUAUUUUAAAGCUGUGUGCAGCUACUGAUCGGGUUCGUUUUGUUCUCAGUUUUUCUUCUCUGAUCGAUAUAAUUUCAAUCCCACCGGCUUUAUGCAGUGUUUUUGAAACGCAUCGUCAUAUUGACUUGAAUUUUCUUCGAUCAAUGUGCUUUUUGUAUUAUGUUGAUACGCUCACUUAUUUGGGUGUGAUAACGUCAAAUCAAGGAAUUCAGUCAGCUCGUAUCGUGUUCACAUUGUUCACCAUAUGGAUGGUUGGUAGUGGGAUUAUGCACGUGAUUGAACAUUUGGGAGAUUUUUGGUUGAAUGAAAAUCAUCGUGGUACAUGGAGUUACUUCGAGUCUUGUUAUUUUCUUUUAGUAACAUUAUCUACUGUUGGUUACGGUGAUUAUGUAACCCAUUCAACAUUGGGGAGAUUAUUUAUUUGUAUAUUUAUACCAGUUGCUAUGGGUGUUUCUGCAAGUUUUGUACCAGAGUUAUUUCGUAAUUUCAAUAAUAACUAUACUAAUUCUUCGGAUCGAUAUGAACCAAUUUCAGGUGAACGGUGA